AUGACUCUUAACCAGUCGACGAGAGACCUGGCAUCGGGUUUGGCGUCUCGAAUUGACCUGCUAGGGUCAAGAUUCAGGCGAUCAAAUCAUUAUUGGAGACGAAGCGGGGGUAAGAAAUUGAACCUUUUUGGAUGGCUUCUAGCGACACUGGUGGUUGUUGGAUUUGUGAUCCAUGGGGUGAGAAAAAGCUCGCUGAGCUUGGAUAUCUUCGACUAUUCGUCCAUUUUGUCAGAUGACGAUAUCACAAAUGUUGAGGAUGAAUUUUCUUGGAGUCCUCCCACUGCACCAGAACCUGUACAAUUGACCGAGGAGAAAAGAUCCGUUUUUAGAGAUGUUCUUGCUGUGGUUCAACAGUUCUCGCCUCAGGGCAAGCUUGACACUACUAAGGGCAGUGAUUGUGAGUUGGGAGAUAUCGGUAUUUUCGAUAAAGCGAAGUUUAAUAAAUUGACCGAGUCUGGGUUGUCGAAGUGUAUUCAAAUCCCUGAAAAGGUGCAAGGAGCGCUUAAAACUGCUCAUUCUGAGUUCAAAUCUGCCAUUUCUGACAAGUUGUUACCCCUUUUUAACAACCUGGACAAACCUUUUGAAGGUGAAGGUAUUGUUAUGGUUGGAGGUGGUAAAUUCACGUUGUUCGCCUUACCAGCUAUUGUAGCUAUUCGUAAGAACAGUGGCGUGACGCUCAGAAAUACCAUCCCCAUUGAAAUUAUUAUUUCGCCUGAAGACGACGAAGAUCGACAAUUUUGCGAAAACGUGCUACCAACAGUGGACAGUACUGGCUUGACCAGAUGUGUUUUCUUGGAUGAGAUCUUCGAGCCAGAAACGCUUUCGCACAUUCAGGGAUACCAGUUGAAGGCAAUAGCACUUUUAGUUUCUAGUUUUGAGAAAGUCCUCAUGUUGGAUGCCGAUAAUUACGUGGUGAACACCUUAGAAGGAUAUUUUGAUAGUGAAAUCUUCAAACAGACGGGUCUUGUCGCAUGGCCUGAUUAUUGGCGUCGUUUGCAUCACCCAAAACUUUAUGAUAUCGUUGGAGUGCAUGUCGAGAAGGAUAAAGCCAUCAGAAACUCAAUCGAUGACAGUAGUCCCAGUUACAUAUACGAGCAAAUGAACAAAGAUAAUGUACCAUUUCAUGAUUUCAAAAACGCACUUCCUGAUGCUGGAACCGAGUCAGGCCAACUUCUUGUUGACAAGAGCAAACAUCUGGACACAUUGAUUUUGAGUUUGUACUACAAUUACAAUGGGAAAUCGUUUUUUUAUCCGAUUCUGGGCCAAGGUUUUGCUGGUGAAGGAGAUAAGGACACCUUUAUCCUUGCAAGUCAGGUUCUACAUGGGUAUGCGUCGUAUUAUCAGGUUAAAACUCCAGUCAGUGCUAUGGGCCACUGGACAGACUCUGCAGAUGAGAUCAGACUUCCUGAUGACAAAGUCGAUACUGAACAGACCAAAUCGUUCCGUGGAACAGCCAUGUUACAGCACAACUACAUCGAGGACAGCAAGUACCAUUCACUCGCGAAAGAAGUCAUUGGCGAUACGCUCAGAGAGCGGUUUGAAAAUUUCUGUGACGACCAGAAAAAACAGAAGCCUGACGAAUUGAGCGAUUUCGAAGACGAAAGGAGGACGCAGUGCUCACAUAGUCAAGAAAUUGUCACCAAUUUUCGGAAGGAGAUGCGUUCUGGCUACGACAUCCAAACUUUUAUGGACUUUUUUACUUUCACUGGUGUCUCUUUUGUCCAUUCCCAUCUCCCUAAAUAUGAUCCAUGGGAAUGGUCUCAGAACGAAGAUAUGAUGUUCGAUGGUGCCAAGGCUAGAAAAGGUCACCAGAUAGACAAGGAAACGAAUGAUGGCGUCAGCAAACUAAAGGGAACCGGUCAUUACCGAAUGUACGACUCUCGUAUCGGCCAGAUAACUGGCUACGAUCUAGAGCUCCACAACUGGGAUGCCUUUAAAACCUAUCUCUGCGACAUGGAUAACGGUUACACAAAUUUCGGCUACUUGUCAGCCAAGAUAAGUGCUACAGAUGAUCCCAAAGCCAGCGCGUCCAAAAUGUGCAAAUACAUUGAAGAAAGGGUCAAAUAUUUGACAGAAACCACUUUCGAGGUUUAA